AUGGCUCUCCCACACUUAGUACUGAUAGGUUACCCACCCACUGAUAGGUUAGUCGGCGCCAUAAGUUCUAUACAAAAUUAUUCAUUAAAAUUGCCUUCUGGUUACUUGCUAAAGCUGCGAAAUACCGAUGGCAACCUGGCCCACAGUGCAAAGGAGAAAGCCGAUCUGUUAGCACUGUGUCUCCUAAGCGCGUGCGUGGCGCCACUGGCAUGUCGCUCCGUGGACACCCACGAGCCACCUUCCGAGGACCUGGAACCCUACGUAUCACAUCACCACCACGAUGGCAACAUCGCUGAAUUGCUCAUACCACUCCUAGAACGCAGCCUAGCGCAGAGCGAGGCCAGGUCCGCUGAACAUCGUCGCAAACCUGGUAAAAAGGUAAUACAGGUCCUGCCUUAUAGAGGUUCAGAGGAACACAAGAGAAAGGGUUGGAGAAAACUUAAUUCUCACAAAAAGCAGGUCGUUGAAAUCACUCCCCUUCAUGGCAAAGAUCGAGCUAAACCUCUGGCUUACAUCCUCUCAGCUGCUAAAUCCAGCCAUGAUGAACGUGCUGAAACAAAUGAUGUGAGUUCCAGCAACUCUGACGGAGAACGAGAUAAAUCGACCAGUGAAGAGCAACAGUCUACUGAGGAAUCAAAAGAUGAAAAUGAUAGAAGAGCUGAUGUCUCUGAAUCUCCCAGCGCUUCCAGCAAUGCUAAAUCUAGCGAAGAAGAUAAAGUAUCUAAGAAUGUUAGCGAUAAAUCCAGCGAUGUGACUGCUGAAGAUAAUGACAAAAGCACUGAAAAGGUAAAGGAUGAUAGAAAGUUUGUUUUAAUUGAAGAUAGCAAGGAAGGAGUUAAAGGUAAACUACAUAAGAAACAUAAGAAAUUUCAUCGCCAUGGCAACAAAGAUGUAACUACAGAAAAGAAUUCAGAAAGUGAUGUAACUUUAGAAGUUAAAGAAGCCACAAUAGAAUCGGGAGAAACUACAGAAGAAUCUGUUACAGAAGAGAAAAUAGAAUCGUCAGAAGUCGUAUAUGAUAGUUCAAACAGGUACGUUACAAUUGAAAAUAUUGACGUUACACAUGAAGUUACUGGAGAAGACGUCACAGUUACAACUGAAGAUGUAACGUCAGAAGCAAGAGCAGUAACGUCAGAAGAUACCAAUGUAACGUCCGAAGACAAAAACGUUACACAAGAAAACGUGACAGCAGAAGGGAAAGAUGUCACUAAAGAAGUAAAAUCAGUUACUCAAGAAGAAACAGGGUCUUCAGAAGUGACAAUAGAAAAACAUGACGUGGCAACAGAAGAAAUAAUAACUUCAAACUUUAGGGUAGCCACAGAUGAUCUCGUUACAGCUGAAAAUGCAGUUACACUCGAAAAUCUAGACGUUACAGAAGAAAAGACGGUUACAAGUGAAAAUGUAUCCGUCGAAAGUGCUACAGAAAUAAUACACCCACGCAUAGUUGAAAAUAGAUACAAUGACUUCAUAGAUUCAAAAGAUGUGACUGACGAAGCUGAAAAUGAUUUACGAAAUAGUUUUAUUGAUAACAACAUUGUUAUUAGUCGAACCAAUCAGGAGACUGAGUCCGUUGAGAAUAAUUUCGGUAAAAUUUUUAAUGAUAGGGCGAGGGAUAUUAUAGAACUGAUUCAAUCCUCGGUCGAAGCUAGCACUGUCGGACAUAGGGACUGCGUGGAGACUCCUGAUAAGCAUCAUGAUCAUAAGUCUUAUAGACUAUCCUUCUUGUUCAACAAGUGAUUCUUAUUGAUGAUUUUUAAACUUAAUGGUGUGUAUUUUGAGAUAGAAUAGCGUAGGGAUAGCUCAGUGUAAGAUGUCCACACAGGAGAUGGACAGACGGUCUGGUAAAGGUCUGCGACGGCCACUGUAUGCUGAUCGCUACCAACCUCGUGAUGUGUAGUC